GUCACAUUUCAUGACUGUAGGACUUUGACUGGCUGCACUGUUAAAUGUAUAUUCGAAAAAAGUAAUAAUUAAUUCAAAUUUUCGUCAGCUUUCAAUCUGACAACCGUUUUCAAAGAGAUCAUUUGUUGAUAAUUGAUUUAUUUUUAUAAAAUGCUGGAACAAUCACCGAAAAUGGCCCAACAUGCUUCGCCGCCUGUCCGCACCGGCGCCGGCGACAUCUCGGAGCGGGAGUUGUCUCGCGAGUGGUACAGCCUCUCCUCCACGCCCACUGCCCGCUUGCAGCCGGCGCACCCACGCAAGCAGGUGCACUCAGUGCCUGUGAGCAAGUUUGGGCGUGGGCAGGCGCCGGGCCGCAACCUGCAGCGUAUCCGCAGCUGCCUCGAGGAACUGAGCAAGCCGCCGCCGCCACCCCGCGUCGCGCACAAAGCCGCCUCGCUGGAAGACCUCACGCCCAGUAAGAGGAUAGCAAAAAGAAGAAAGGAGACCGAGAGCGGUGUGUCUGUGCGGUGUUCGGGGCCGCGCGGGUUAGCAGAGGAGCAGGCGGCGGCGCGCGUAGCCCGCUUUAUGCUGCUGACCGCAUGGCGCCGCCGCCGGCACGACCUGCGCUGUCUGCGUAAGACCCUCGAGGUCCAGGUGAGCAGCAGCGAGCGGCUGCGCGUGCAGGUGUGGGCGCUGAAGUCGCUGCUGGAAGCGGACAGCGGCAAGCUGCGGCUGGCUCUCAAAGAGCUGCAGCGCCUCAAGCAGCUGUUGCACGACAGGGACGCCGAGAAGGCCCUCCUCGAGAAGGAGAAGCGGGCGCUGGAGGGCGACGUGAGCGCGGCGGAGGACCGCGCCUCCGAAAUGAGCAUCGGAUGGCGUAACUGUCGCAAUGAGCUGGAGGCGGCGAGCUUGGCGGCGCGGGCACUGGAGCGCGCGCUGGCGCUGCAGCUGUCGGCGCAGGCGGACCUCGCCGCACAGCGCGACGCCGCCACACAGUCUGUGUCGCAGCUGGAGGGCGAGGUGCGGCGGCGGGAGGCGGUGCUGGGCGCGCUGCAGACGGAGGCGGCCUCGCUGUGCGACCAGCUGGCGGACAAACAGCGCGCGCUCGACGAAGCAGCUCUACAGUUACACUCGGAGCAUCAGUCAGUACACUGGCGCGCCUGCGCAGCUCCGGCAUGCGGCUGCGGCUGGCGGCGCGGCUGGCGCUGGCGCUGCGUGCUGCGGAGGAGCAGCGAGUGA